AUGGACGGUCGUCCCCCCAAGCGACAGCGCAGGUCCGCCAAUUCGAAUACCGCAGAACAAUCUACCUCUACCGGAUCCAAACUAACCGCUCUUUCAUCGCGUCCCAAACCCCGAGCACGUUCGAGUCAAGCUCCCUCUCCACGAACCUCUUCCUCUCCAUCACCCAAAAAGCCCGGGUCUUCACCGAAUACGAAAUCCAAAUCAUUACAUAGCUUCUUCCAGCCAGCGACGGAAGGACAGCGAUGGUCCUCACAGAAAUUCGAGCCCAAACGAUCACUACCCACGGUUUCGGAGGCAACCCUUGAUGCAGAUGUGAUCGAGGACGACUAUGAUUCCUACGAUGAGAUAUUUACACAGCAUCUGACCGGUAGGAAGCCUGGCGGUGCUGUAGAAACGAAAGCCAAGGAUGAACCCAAAUCGCGACAACCGGCGUCGAAACAGAGCUCGCGGCCGAACAAACAACCUACCAAACGCUUUCUCAUGCCCACCGGGAAUAGCACUCGUUCACAAUCUCCGGCGCAACCAGUGGAUGUAGAUAAACGUCCUUGGGCACAACGGUUUGCUCCGUCGAAUCUAGAUGAAAUCGCCGUUCACAAAAGAAAGGUCUCUGAUGUACAAAACUGGCUGGAAGAUGCCUUUUCUGGGAGACGCAGGGAGAGAUUGCUCGUUCUCCGAGGCCCUGCGGGUUCUGGAAAGACUACAACGAUUACCCUUCUCUCCGGGUCGGCCGGUUUCGAUAUUGUCGAGUGGAGGAAUCCAGCUGCCCCCGAGUACAAUGCGCACGACUACAUCUCUCUUAGUGCUCAAUUCGAAGAGUUUCUCGGACGAGGCGAUCGAUUUGGAGGACUCGACUUGGAAGAUUCCUCUGAAUCGAAGAACACCCGCAAUGCACAUCCCGGUAAUCGGCGCGUUCUUCUGGUAGAAGAGUUUCCAACUGUGCUUAGCCGGUCGUCGUCGAGUUUAACAGCCUUCCGAGCUUCCUUACAGCGCUAUCUGGCGGCAGCGGCGGAGGAUGGGGGCGGGUUGCAUCCGCCCAUUGUAAUGGUCGUCUCAGAGACGUUGUUAAGCUCUGCGUCAUCGAUCCAGGACAACUUGACAGUGCAUCGGUUGCUGGGACCCGCCCUAUACAACCAUCCAAAUACGACCAUCCUCGACUUCAAUACCAUUGCACCAACCUUCAUGCAGAAAGCCUUACGGUCAAUCCUCGACAAAGAGGCAAGGGCUUCCCAACGAAGCCGAAUGCCUGGCCCAGCAGUCCUGGAUAGGAUCUCCGAAAUAGGAGAUAUCCGCAGCGCCAUUUCAUCCCUAGAGUUUCUCUGUUUGAAAAGCGACCAAGUAGGGGCAUGGGGUGGCAGUGUUGCGAAAACCAAAAAAUCGCGUGGAGACACGGCUUUGACGCCAAUGGAGGAAGAGUCGUUGAAAUUGAUCUCACAGCGAGAGGCUAGUCUGGGGAUGUUCCAUGCCGUGGGUAAGAUUGUUUACAACAAACGCCUGGACCCGAGUCUUAUGCCCAGCGAUGCCACAAUACCUCCCUCGCCACCCGACCAUCUCCCCUUUCAUCGUCGACCCAAGGUCUCGCAAGUUGCCGUCAAUGACCUGAUCGACGAGACGGGUACCGAUAUCUCCACUUUUAUAUGCGCCCUUCAUGAAAACUACCCUCCGUCUUGCGAUGGAGAUGAAUUUACCAAUGACCUGAAUGCAUGUAUUGAAGCGCUAUCCGACAGUGAUAUUCUCAGUGCCGAUCGCAGGCCUCAAGGUGGGCGAUCAGGGACUGGAAUCGGCGCCAAUCUUUUGAACGCCGGUGUUGAUAUGCUACGACAAGAUGAGAUCAGUUUUCAGGUCGCGUCGCGCGGGCUUCUUUUCGCUCUUCCAUACCCUGUCAACCGAAAAAUCUCCCAAAGUGAUGGGCGAGGCCGCGGUAAUGCCCACAAGAUGCUAUAUCCUUCAUCGUUACGACUAUGGAGAAAGACCGAGGAGAUUGAAGGGCUCUUGGAUGCAUGGAUGAAGCACAUGCUUGACCCCAGCAAUGCCAGUACUUCGCCACGCAUAGAAAGCGAUUAUGAACCCACGGGCGUCAAAUCUUGGAAGAACCUUCGAGUCGGACACGCGUCGAGUAUAGACAAUCCCUCAACGAUGACCAUGAUGUCGCGCCAUGAUGCACUACUCCAUCAGCUUCCAUACAUGACCAAGAUUCGAUCUGAUAGCGGGCAAUUGAGCCAGAUCACCAGUAUCCGAGGAAGUCGCCUUGAUGAUGUUGAAGAAGAUGACCUGGCACCACAGCCUCAACCCCAGCACCCGCACACUUUCAAACCGGGCAGCAAUGCAUUUGGGCCUCGUCUGCAAGUUGAGGAAGAAAAGUACAUUCUCAGUGAUGAUGACAUUGUAGACGAUUGA